AUCCAAAGAAGAAGAAGAACGGUAUCCUGGCAACGCUUCUCAGUUAGCUAGCUCUUCAUCUCAAUGGUUAAAAAAAGUACAGACACGUUAUGGGAGUUAGCAGCGGCGGAGGUCCAGAACCGGGAGAACGAUGCUGAAGAGGGGCACGGAGGAGAGGCGGUCUGCGAACGGACGGUGUUUCUAAUGGGGAGCAAGGCAGGGGGUAAAACGUCCAUUCUCUUAAGAUGUCUAGAGAGGGAUGAAACCCCGAAGCCAACCCUAGCACUGGAGUAUACUUUUGGCAGAAGGAGCAGUGCACACAGCACACUCAAAGAUGUAACCCACACGUGGGAGCUGGGAGGAGGAACCUCUCUCUCAGACCUCAUCCAGAUUCCCAUCACGCCACUCAGCAUACGGUCUCUCUCUGUUGUGCUCGUUCUGGACCUUUCUAUGCCGAACGAUUUGUGGGAAACCAUGGAGAAACUUCUGCAUUCAGCACAAAGUCAGAUCGAAAAAGUCUUUUCUCAGGCACAGAAAGCACAGAAGUACGAAGCUGGAGCCAAGCAGCAGAAAGCUGCUCCCUCAGCAGCUCGGGUCUUACCUAAAGAUUACCCAGACAGAGAACUGAUCAGUCCUUUUCCUGUUCCCCUGCUCAUCAUAGGCAGUAAAUAUGAUCUAUUUCAGGAUUUUGACUCGGACAGGAAGAAAGUUAUUUGUAAAACCCUUCGUUUUCUGGCCCACUAUUAUGCAGCAUCUUUGAUCUUCACCAGCAUUAAAUCAGAGAGCCUCAUGUCGAAAACCAAGCGCUUCUUCGCCCAUCUGGCCUUUGGUCUGGACGUAGGGAAAUCCGUGUCCUUUGACUCUGGUAAACCUCUCAUCAUCUCAGCAGGCUCAGAUUCCUUCAGCGAAAUAGGGGCACCUCCUAUGACUCACGUGGACAUUGCAUCUCUAAAUGCGAAAAGCCCAAUGGAUCUGUGGAAGAAGGUGUAUGAGCGAGUCUUUCCCAGCAAGAGCUACAGUGAGCAGAGAGCACUAAAGGAUCCAGCCAAAGACCCACAGUACAGUGAGCCUCAGAUUGAUGCAAUGAGAGCCCAGAAAGACCAGGAGUUGGAGCAGUAUAAAAGAAAUGCAGCAAAGUCAUGGAGAGAACUGGAGCUUGGGAAAUAGAAGAAAGUGUUAUAACACACAUACAACACAUCAGUAUGUACAUAUAGCAUAUGUUUAUUUAUUUCAUUCUGUUACAGCUUCUGUUAAACAGGGUAAUCAUUUUGUAAGAUCAGCCAAAGUAUUUGAUAAUAAACGACAGGAACAGUGGAGGUUUUGCUGCAUGGCUAUGCCGUAGAACCCAGAGGAAGCACUGCCACAUUUAUUGUAAGACAUUCAAGAGGAUUCCAAAAAAUCAUGAUACACAAUCAACUGUAGUAAAUCUAAAUUUUCUCAAGGUAUGAUGGUUUGAUCAUACUGAUGGCUUGACCAAGAUUUAAAAAUGUGGAAACUAUGA